CGACUUAAAAUCAUCAUCUAGAUCAGGAUAUGACCGCUAAGAUCUCAGAGUUUGGCAUGGCAAACCUUGUUGGAGUGGAAGAAACACAAGGCAAGACGAGUAAAGUUGCUGGCACAUAUGGCUACAUGGCACCGGAAUAUGUUAUGCAAGGCCAAUUUUCUGUCAAGUCAGACGUGUUCAGCUUUGGAGUCUUGAUGCUAGAGACUAUUAGUGGCCUGAAGAACUCUUCAUUCCCUCAUUCACAAUAUGGUCUAAGCCUGCUUGACUAUGCGUGGAGGCUGUGGAGGGAAAACAGGGCAACUGAACUAUUAGACGAAUCACUGACUCAUUCAAGCGACGGAAGUGAAGUGACAAGGUGCAUCCAUAUUGGGUUGCUAUGCAUUCAGGAGGAUGCAACACGAAGGCCAACAAUGUCGUCUAUUGUUCUCAUGCUCAGUAGCAGCUCUUUGACUCUUCGUGCGCCUUCGGCUCCUGCUUUCAUUUUGGGGAGAAGCAGAGUGUACUCAGACACCUCAAAGACUGCCUCAUCUGCAGCAAGAACGGAGUCAGACAUGUCACGGAGUGGUUUAGUCCCAAAAUCUGAAAAUGAUAUGACCAUUUCCAAGGUUGAAGCUAGAUAA